UCUCGUCGGUUCCGCAGCACCGAGGCCGAUUGGGCGACCAACACUCUCGUUCUCAAAACAAAGUGUGGACAGACGUAUUGCGUACCUUUCAUAGGUACCAUUGCGACACCACGCCCCGAUCCUCCUCCCUUGGAUCCUUCCGUGCCCACACCAUCUCCUUCUAUCACUCUCACCUCGCCUCGGCAGUUCGCCCACUUCAUCUGACAGGACGACGUCACCUUCUUUAUGGUGAACGUGACGGAUCUCUUACACUAUGAUCCACUCUGUCUCGACGCCGAGCUCAUCCCUCUGGAGCCAGAUCCUCCUUCUAUCUUCAUGGCUCCCAUCUCUACUUCCUUCCCUCCGCCGUCCGUCGAGUCCACCCCGCCGUCGCGCGCUGACGCUGACGCCGAGGAACUCGCACGAUAUACGGCUGACCUAGAGCCCGCAGUUCGUGACCUCAUUCGAGAGUACCACGACGUUUUUCCAUCGUCGUUCUCGUACGCCGGCAUCCCACCGAUGCGUGACGUCGAGCACUCCAUUCAGCUUGUGUCUGACUAUCGUGUUCACCACCAGAUACCCUACAAACUCUCGACCCCCGAGGCCACCGAACUCAAGCGCCAGCUUGAGGAGCUCCUGAGACUGGGUUUCAUUAAGCCCAGCAACUCCCCGUGGGGUGCACCCGUCCUCUUUGCUCGCAAAGCGGAUGGAACUCUUCGUCUCUGCAUCGACUACCGCGGUCUCAACUGCUACACGGUUAAGAACAGCUACCCCGUGCCCCGUUCCGAUGAGUUGUUCGACCACCUAGCAGGCAACCGUUUCUUUACGAAGAUUGAUCUUCGUAGCGGUUACCAUCAGAUCCGCGUCGCUGCAGCCAACCGGCCGAAGACCGCGUUCCGAUCGCGCUUCGGCCACUACGAGUUUACGGUGAUGCCGUUUGGCCUCACCAACGCACCCGCUACCUUCCAGAGGGUGAUGAACGACAUCUUCAGGGACAUCCUGGAGCAGUACGUUCUUGUCUACCUCGACGAUAUCCUGGUCUACAGUUGUACCCUUGAGGAGCAGCUCAAACACCUCCGCGAUGUCCUUGACCGCUUUGCCCAGACAUGGCUUCUACGCCAAGCUGAGCAAGUGCCGCUUUGCCCAGCACAAAGUGAUUUUCCGAUAGCCUUCUACUCCCGUCAGCUCCUGCCCGCCGAGAUAAACUACACUGCUGAUGAACGUGAGGUUCUCGCAGUAGUUUAUGUCGCUCGGCACCGGCGUCACUACCUGCGCGGGGCACCGUUCACGGUGCGUACGGACAACUCUGUUGUCCAUGCUUUUCUGACAAAGCCAAAGCUCACUCCUCGACAGGCUCGCUGGUGGCGCGACCUAUCCGAGUUUAGUUUCACCACUGAGCACGUCAAGGGUGAGACUAAUCGGGUCGCAGAUGUCCUAUCCCGGCGCCCUGACCACGACCAGGAGCAGAUCCAACUCCUUGCCAUCUCAGUCACCACCGUCCACCACUCGGUGAUCGACGAGUUUCGCACUCAGUACCGCCACUGCCCCGACUAUCGCGACAUCCACGCGACCCUUCGGAGUGGCAAGACCGUCCCGAACUACUCUCUUGGGGACAACGGUCUUGUGUACUGGCACGGUUCACAGGGCACCAGAGAGCCCCGUAUUUGUGUUUCCUCCACUGGACAGCUACGUGUCCGAGCAGUAGCAGAGUUCCAUGACCAGGCAGUCGCCGGUCAUAUGGGCUUCCACAAGACGUUGGCUCAUGUGAGCCGCCUGUACGUCUGGCCGAAGCACAAGGACUUUGGGAAGGACUACGUCGCAGAGUGCCCCACCUGUCAGGAGGUGAACAGUGCGAACCACUUGCCUUAUGGUUUGCUCCAGCCUCUUCCGAUCCCUAAGGGCCGUUGGCAGUCCAUCUCGAUGGACUUUAUCGGUCCCCUUCAUCCUCCGACCCCUCGCGGUCAUGAUGCUAUCCUGGUCGUCGUCGACCGCUUCACGAAGCGUGCACGCUUUGUUCCGUACCGCUAUACCAUCAGUGCACGUGAGGUCGCCGACAUCGUGUUUGACCGAGUGGUGCGUGACCACAAAUUACCUCUGAGUAUCAUAUCUGACCGUGACCCGCGCUUUACCAGCCGAUUCUGGCGACGGCUCCACGAAGUGUACGACACUCAGCUCCGCUUCUCCUAGUCUUACCAUCCUCAGACUGAUGGUUAGACCGAGAUCACGAACAGAA